AUGUCCUGUAACGAGGACAAUCGAUGUGGCGAGGACGAAUCGAGACGAGGCACAAUAAACUCGGUAUUUGUGCCAUUUGCACAAUCGGCGUACACUCCUCGUGGCCUGCAUGAGCUGAUGCAGAAGCGGCAGUCUGGCUGGACUCGACUGCGGGUUCGAACUCGCCCGACCGUUUCAUGCCGCCUCCUCACUGCGCCCAAAACUCGAGACUCGAGACUCGAGACCAGAUGCAGAAACAAGUUUGCUGGAUGCGCCUCCACUCUAGCGAGGAGGGAGUUUUGUGGCUCUCUAUCGUGCAUGCGUUGGUACAGAUUUGUAGCUUUCGCAGACAGACAUUUUGGUACCAAUUUCGGAUGCUGUUAUCAGAAAUCGGAUUUUGGUUUCUUAGGGCGGAUACUUGAGUUUGCAUCAAAUGUAAUCCUUUUUGUCGACGGUAGUGGUGAUCUCGACGUGGCCUGGCCUCAGCCCCACAGUGGGAUUCGACCCUUCGUGGUGGAUGACGCUUAA